AUGCCAGUCGAUCUCACCAAGUUCCAAGUCGUGCAGACUGCCAAGUUUUCGGUGUUGCACCCGAUAAAGGGCGCAAAGCCCAUGAAGCCCAUUGCAGGUGCAAAGAAAGCUGUCCCGGUUAAGAAAGAGGCGCCUAAAAAAGCUGCUCCUGUAUCGAAAAAGGUCGAGGAGGACGAUGAUGAUGAUGAUCUGUUUGGUGACGACGACGACGAGGACGAUGAAGCUGCCAAGGCCCUUGCUGCGAAACGUGCCGAGGCUGCCAAGUCUGCUAAAAAGGAGAAGAAAAAGCCCGUCGAACGCUCUCAGGUGGUCAUUGAGGUGAAGCCGUGGGAGGCCGAGACGGACCUGGAAGAAUUGGCUGCUAAGAUCAAGGCACUGCCUGUGAACGGUCUGACGUGGGGUGAAGGACACAAGCUCGUACCUGUGGCUUUUGGGAUCAAGAAGCUGCUUGUGCAGUGCGUCAUUAUUGAUGAUUUGGUGCUACUGGACGAUAUCACGGAAGCCAUUGAAGGUUUUGAAGACUAUGUGCAGUCGGUCGAUGUCGCCUCUAUGAACAAACUCUAA